AUGGAUACCUGCAUCAGCGAACACGACAGCUGUGCCACCAUUCAGUCCGAGUUCACCGGGGGUGGUAACUUCUACAACUUUUUCCGACAAAGCCAGAAAAAGAAAACUUCUAAGAUAUGCACACAGUCCUCUAACUGCUUUCAAAACCAUACCAUUCUUAACGUGGGCAGAGGACAACUCUUUUCAGCAAAGCUUUCCUGCUGCUCAGGGGAUACAUGCAAGCGGACUGCUUUCCCCUUGCCCCUUGUGAACGUGACACCGAACGGGAAGCGUUGCAAUGCCUGCUAUUCGUACAGGCACCCCAUCCUUGCAUGUUGGUGGAAGCGAACAGCUCAGUGUGCUGGAGAUGAAAACUAUUGCAUCGAGCUAUACGGACGUGGAGUCUAUCCAUCUCCUGGCACUGUUAGAUACCCAACACAUAGCUUCAGAAGCAGGUGGCUCACCAUCAAGGGCUGUGUGAACAAGGCCUAUUGCGACGCCUUUCACGCGGGUCCCGUCCAUGUUGCCACACUGACUGUCAUCGGGACAGGGAGUUGUAAGCUUGCCUCCAAGGCAGUGAGCACUUCUGCCAGAUCGCUUGGAGGCCUCCUGCUCACGGGGUUCCUGCUUGUGAAGGUCGUGGCCUGAUUUCCCUCCAGCACAACCAGCCAAGGAUCCUGCUUCAGGAGUUCUCCAGUGAAGAGAAGUGUGGGGUUAGGCCAUAUAGACCACACUUUCACAAAGAACAAAGCUCUCCUAUUGUCUAAAAUACAAAUGCAUUCAUUUUUCUAUGUCCCACCUGGAAAUGGGGCAGAAUCUUGCUUCAGUUCAGUUCCUAUAAGCAUUUCUUCCAAUUUGCAAAAUUCACUUUAAUCAAGACGAAAAGCACCCUGAAAUUACAAUAAAUAUCCAGUGUUAGAGAAACUGAAACUGUCAGUUUAAUUCAGCUGGACUCAGGUCUUUGAGGUCUUUGCUCUUAACAUUCCGGGUCAGCCGGAAUGGAUACCCCAGGUCAAGAAAGGUAGUGCCAAGUCAAGUUAACAAGCCGUCUCAGGAAAACUAUUACAGAAAAAGACACUUCCUUCAGAAAACAGAAAUGCACAAAUUGCUCAAAGGAAGACAAUGAAAAAUACAUCUGCUUGCACAUGGGAAAU